AUGCCCGAUGCCGACAUGGACAUGGACGAUACACAAACCACCAAAAGAAUUCAAAGGACCCGCAAUCCAUCCAUUCGUGACUACUUCAAAAGUCCUCACCAGGUACCCGUCAUCACCAACUGCACCCACGUCUGGUUCCUGCCUCCUCGGCCCGUAUCCGUACUGACUGGACGCUCCUUCCUUUUUUUUUGUAGUUAUGACACCACACCUUCCAUUCUGCAGCGACCACUGCGCGUCACCGAGACCGAAAACGAGCCCGAUGCGAAACGACAAAAGUCUUCCAAUGGCGCCGCUGCCGUGACAAUCGCCGACAAGGUUGCCCAGGAACAGUACACACUCCUCGAUGACCUUGCUGAUGAUCUGCUCGCGGCGGCUGCUGAUCAGCUGGCCGAGCUCGAGUCCUCACGAAACGGCGCCGGUGUAGAGGAGAACCACGCAUUUGUUGAUGGGCUCGUGCGGUUCAAGAAGAAGGCUCUUGAGCUAUUCCGCCGAGAGAAGAACUAUCCCCGUGGUGCAUCCGACCCCCAACAGAAGAUGCAACCCGACGCGGCCACCACCGGCCGCGUGGUCCUGACUCUCUCAGGAAGCGGCCGGCAGCUCUUUUCAAGUCAGCCUCUGCCUGCGCGUGCCCAGCAGGCUAUCAAUAUCAGCGAGACCCUGUCCCGCUCAGUUAUGCCUGUCCACGUCUCCUCCGCACGCAUACUGCCGAGCCGCCAGACGGAGCGCACCUACACUCUUGGAGAGCUGUUCUCGUCGCCGCGGCCGCUGCCCCCCCUCCAGCCGCCGAAACAGCCGAAACCGCAGGCCAAGGGCAAUGUCUUGAACUUCUGCCACCCAGAAAUCCCCGCACCGUCCAAGUAUCGGACAAAUACCUACUUCACCCAGAAGGUCACGGUUGGCCACUUCCUCGAUUACAGCAACGCCGCCUCCUCUACCUCGCAGAGCAAGGAGAUCAAGCAGAGACAGAGAGCACAGAGUCUAGCAGGACACAAGCCGUCCUCGUCCGAGUUGGAAGUAUCCGAGAUGGAGAGUCUGUUCAGGGCUGCCUUUUCAAGCUUUGCUCCCUGCAAGGAUGACUCGGCUGCCAUGGUGCCCGCCAGCCUGGCCGGUCGCAUGUACUGGCAGCAAACAGGUCAGCGAACCUUUAACCGCAUGGUUGAAGCAGCACUUGAGGAGAACGAGGAUGACAUGGCAGGUCAGAAGCCUGAUGCGACACCGCAGAUUAUGGAUAUUGAUGAGGAGCUCAUCCAAGAGGCGAUCGAUAACUGGGACGACAAGAUUGACCCGGCUCUUGAGAUCUGGGGCCCCCAGAAAACUGACGAGGAAAAGGAUACGGAGGAGCUCCUCAAAGAAGUGGACGACCUCAUUUUCACGCUUGCGUCCUAUCAGCGGAUUCGCAACACGUCGCUGCCAUCUUCGCACAACAAGUAUGCCGGGGAUCCCAGUGGUGGCGACAUGCUCGCGAGCGGCACCGGAGCAAAUCCCUCUGAGGAGGAGAUUGCAACGUACGAGGCGCUCAAGGCGCAGUUGGGUCUCAUCGUCAAGAUGCUGCCGCCAUUUGCCGUCGCCAAGCUCAACGGUGAUCAACUCAAUGAUCUUCUCGUGAGCACUAACCUGGAAGUCCGCACAGACCAGUACAAGGGCGUCAUGGAAGAUGAAGGCGCUGCUCAGGCCAGAGCACGCCAGCAACACGGUGCUGCUUCUGCUGCCACCGGCACGGCUCGGCCGUCCGGAGCUCACCGCACGCCCAGCGCUCCGUCGUACAAUUAUGGCAACAACCAGCCGUACGGCACGCCAACACGGCAAGGGGGCCCUCCGCAGUACUACCGCGGCAACACGCAAACCCCGAUCCAGCAGCAGCCGCAUCUGGGACGGCCCGCCGCUCCCCACACUAUGCCGCAUCCGCAAUACCGGCAGCAGCCGCCUCCUCAGCAGCCGCCCCAGCAGGGGCAGCAGUUUCCGGACCCAGAAUACCUACCCGAACAGUACGCGGCGCAACUGGCCAAGACCCAGACACCGUUUGGUCACCAGAACGUGCCUCAGUACGCGACUCAGCCUCGCCCGCAACAGUACGCGUACAACAAUACCGGGCCCCAGGCAUCCCCCACAGCUCGCUUCCAGCCGGGCUAUGGCCAGACGUACCAGCCCAACCAAGGCGGCUACACCAAUGGCGCUCCGAACAUGCAGAAACGUAUGUCCCCACAAGUUCCGGCGGGCCAGUACAGCCCGUCACCACCGCUCUCGCAACAGCAGCACCAUCAACCCCAUCCUCAACACAUGUCGCACAUGCAGCACCAGCAGCCACGAGCACCCUAUGGCUCGCCCGCCAAUCGUCCACAGUAUCCCAACGGCACGCACUCCCCUGGACCAAAUGCGCAUGUUCAAGGUCGUCCCGCCCCCUACAUGAACAGCGUCACCGACCAGAACCAGCAGCGAUUGCUUGAACAAGCACGCGCCAGGGCCACCGCCCAGCAGAACAGCAACGUCUUUGGCGACAAGAUGCAGCAGGGCGGCAUGGCCAACCAAACGAGCUACAACCCCGCUCAGCUCGCCGCGCAGCAGGCCCGUCUCGUCAACAAUGUGGCCAACAAGCCGCAGAGCCCCGCGCCGAGACAGGGUCAGAACGGGACGCCGACUAUUCCUGCGAGGGUCACGCCUGUGCCGGUGCCUGUCAUUCCUGGCGCGCAGCAGCAACAGCAGCAGCAGCAGCAGCAGCAGCAGCAGCAGCAGGGCUAG